CGCUGUUUUAGAUUAUAGGAAGAAGCAAAUACUUUUAAUACAUAAUUUUUAAUAAUAAGUAAAGGAGACAUAUAGAAUUUUAUCAUAAAAUUUAGUUUUAUGUCAAUCAAAUCUAAAAAAAGAGGGCUUAAUAAUAGCUAUUCAACUAGUUUUUUAGCAGUCACUUAAGUAAAUGGUUUUUAAAAUAGCAAUUCUGCUGCAAAAUUAACUUUACCUGCUUUUACAACGAACUCAGCUCAAAAAUCAUCAGGAAUUUCUUUUUAUUCUCAUAGAGGUUCUAGUAUAGGUAUGGAACCUAGAAAAAAGAGAAAUUUAGGCGUUAAUAUGAAUAAAUUAGAUUUACCAGAUAGGUUAGUAUAGCAAAAAGAAUUAUUUAAUGAAAUGAGAGGAUGGUUUACAUAAGUUGGUUAAAAAAAAUCAACAUCUUAUUCUUAAUAAAAUACAAGAAGGUCAUUUAAUUAAAGAUUUUAGCAUACAUAAAAUAGCUAUUAUCAGCCUAAUCACCUCAGCAGUUCAAUGAAUUAAAGCGAUCAACUAGGAAUAGAUAAAAAGAAACCAAAUUUCUAUGAUCAUAAAAAUAUUUUUAGAGUAAAAGAUUUCAGUCAAUUAAAAAACAAUGAAGAAAAAAUUGCAUAAAGUAUAGAUGAUCCAAUAACCAUAGCCUAACGUAGAUAGCUGAUACAAGAAUUUGAGAUGAAAGUGUAACAGUUUUUAAAAAUGCUUAAAAUAAAAAAAGAACUUGGUGCAAAAUCUCAUGAAAAAUCUUAUAAAACUGUUCUGUAGUCUAUGGGAGGUUUAAAUAAUUUGAAUAUAAAUUUAUAGAAUAGAGCUCCAUCAUCUUAAUCUAUUUAUUAAAACCAAAAUAAUAUAAAUGUUACAUAAAACAGUGCUUAAAAGGAAUCGUAACAUUCUAGUAAUUAAAAUUCAAACAGAAUGUAGAAUAUUAAUUUUUUUAAUCCUAAUAUAUAUCCUUCAAACCAAGACUCUAUUAUUUCAUAAAAUGCUUAGCUUAAAUAAAACAAAUAACAGCUAAACUCUUCUCUUUAAUAAAACACUUAGCAAGAAUUUAACAUAAGCAACGAUACAUCAUUGAUGUCUAAAAAUAACAUUAAUUAAAACAGUGGAUACAAGUAAGGUAGCUUUAUUGAUAGAAACAAAGAUAUAGAAUGGUAGUAUAACACUUACUAUUAAAUUAAUUAGCAUCAAUUCUAAGAGCUGUCUUAAAAGCAAUUAAGCUUUUUAACAAAUGAAGAGAGAGAAUAAUACUUUCUUGUUUUAAAUCAUUUUAAAUCAGUGGGUCAUCGAUUUUAAGUUUAGGUUGUGGUACAGAACUAAAAUACUGAGUAAUUAGAAAAUUUAAAUGAUGAUUUGCAAAAAAACAGCAUUUUACCUAGUAUCAGCUAGAAAUCAAAGAUUUAGCCAAGCUAAGUUUCUAACUCUCGCUUAGCUCUUCAUUAAAGACUUUAAGAUUAUAUUCUCGAAAGAUGCAGAAAUUAUUUAAAUUCAGACAAUACUAAUUAUGAUGAAAAGCUGAAAAUGAUGAAGAAGUAAUAUGAGCAGAUGCUUGCUAAUUUUGAUAAAAAGUCAUAUAGGAUUCAGCUUCCACCUAAUAUUCGUCCAAGAAAUUAAGAUUUUAAUGAUUAUUAUAUUUAUGAGGACCCUGACUAAUUAAAAGAUAUACAAAGGACACUUUAAUCUCUUGCAGAAGAAAACUUUGGAAGUAUGCUGAGUAUUCAUACAGCAAAUAAUGAAUCAGCUAACAAAACUUAAGAUAACCAGAUGCUUAUUGAAGACGAGUUAAGUAUGCACUCAUAAAAAUUAGUAGAAGAACCAAAAACUCCAGAAAAAUAGGAGACUGAUAAUGAGGAAGUCUCUGAAGAAUCAAGCUACAUUGAAACCCCCUAUUCGCAAAAGAAGGCAAGAAACAAAAUGAAAUUUGAAAGAGCUUAAAGAUUUUAAUAAAAUGUUUAAGAAGAAGAUCCUUAACCAUAGCCAAAACCUCCUAAAUAAAAAAAGAAAAAGCCUCCAUAGAAUAAUAAAAAUAUGGAUGAUGAAGAAGCUGAUAAAAGGAGGAAUACUAUUGGCUCAAGUGCUUCAGAUUAAAGUGAUGAUUCAGGAACAAAUUUUUCAAAAACAAUGAAUCAAAGAUUUAGAAGUGGAAGCUCAAUUGAUUCUAGUCCAUAACCUAGAGUCAAGCAAUCACCCUCCUAUUUUAAUAAAAAAGUAAAUAGUCCUAAAACAAAUAAGAGCGCAUAAGCUAAUGAUAGUGAAAAUGAAGAUAAAAUAGAAGAUCCUCAAAACUUAAAUGACAAAAAAGCUUAAGCUAGAAGUUAAUUUUCAAAAAGAGCACAACCCCCUAGCAGUAAUCCUAGCAAGAGAACAAUAAAAUCUAUAAGCGAAGUAAAUCCAGAUAGUAUUGAUGGUGGCACUAAAGAUAAAUAGGAAGAUUAAAGUGAAUAGAAAGAUCCAAACUCUCCAAAAUCAAUAGAUUUAAGUCUCAGUUUUAGCUAGAACACUGGGAGAAAAGCAAGAAGAAAAAAUUCAGAUGACAGUGGAGGUUUUGAGUAAGCUUAGGAUGAUUUAGAAGAUCUAGAAGACAGAUCGUAAUAAUAACAAAAUGAUUUUUAAGGAAAUUAGAAUCAAAAUUAAAAUAAAUCUUUUGAUUUGAAUGAAUCCUUUGAUUUAAAUAAAUCUUAAUCAAAAAGAAAUACUAAUGAUAACAAAAAUCAAGGAUCAAAAAAGAAUAUAAAUACUAAUUAGCAGGGAGGUAACAAUAAUUCCAAAACAAGCAAUAUGAAAGAAAGACCUUAAUCUAAUUCUUCAAAUAAAAGUAAAGGCAAUAUGUCUAGUUCUUAAAACUAAAAUAAAAAUUAAACACCUAGUAGUUUUAGAUAAAAAAUAUAAGAUGAAAUCAGAAGGGAAGAAGAAAAGGAUAAAAUCGAAGAAGACAUACAAAUGGAAACAGUUAUCUUAGGAACAGGUUUGUUUGAUAGAAUUCUAGCAAACAAUAAUUAUUUAGAUUUUGAUAUUAAAAAGUAUUAUCCUUAGAAUAAGAAUAAAAAUAGCUAACCUAUUUAAAAUGCGAAGUUGUAGAAAGAAUAGGACUAGAUAAUAUUCUAAAAAUUCUCUUUAUGGGAGUAAGAAGUUCAUGAAGAAAAUGAGAGCUAUGGUCGAACUUAAGAUGAUAUUGUUGAGUCUUUAUUGAGAGUUCAAAAUGAUUACUUAAGCAAAAAGAAUAAAGGAAAUAAUAUGAAAUCUUAAAAAACUAAUUCAUUCCAUAGUUAAAAAAUAAAUACAUAGUCUAAUAAAUCUGAAGUUUCAAUUAAGAGGUCAGAUUCAAUUAUUGAGAAUAGUUAAAUGGAAAGUUAGAGAAGUCCAAAUUAAAGAGAAACUUCCUUUUUUGGAAAUCAAUAAAAUUAUACGAGAGAAAAAUCAAACUCAAAAAUUAGUGAAAGGAGCGUAAAAGCUAAUUAAAACAGCCCUCCACAAUCUCCAAAUCUUAGCCGACUCAACUCUAGUAUAAAUAAAAGUCAAAGUAAUGAAUAUUAAUCCUAAAUAAGCUAGAUCUCCGCAACAGGAAAAUCAUACUAGUUAAAUCUCUCUAAAUUAGGUUAAAAAAAUAGCAAGGAAAUUUCAUCUAAUAACAAAAAGAAAUUCAAAACUAGUCCUUCAGGUAGAGAUACAAAUAAUCAAUAAAUAGUUAAAAAUGAUUUUAUUAAAAACAUUGAAAAUUAUGAGUAGCCAUAAUCUCAAGACUCUUUAUCAAGUAAUCAGUAAUCAUAAAAAGAAUCCUCUGAAGAAUCUGAUGCAGAUUAACUAUGA